GAUGCUGGCCGAACUGGGAGUAAACCAUGCGGAUGGAUUAGAAGUUGCGCUUUAGUUUGUUGUUGCAAAAGAAAUGAAAAUUUAUUUCGAUAAAGUGUGAAGUGAGAAUUUUUCGGGAUAGUUUGCAAUGUCUACAUUAGACCGCGAUCGUUUUCAUCGUGCAGCAAGGGAUGGUUUUUUGGAUUUGUUAAGGGAUGCCACACGGAAAGAUUGCAAUGCCCCGAUGAUGAUGGAAUGACUCCUGCGCUUUGGGCAGCAUAUUAUGGAAAUCUUGAUGCCCUAAGGCUUAUCGUCGGCAGGGGGGGUGACCCAGACAGGUGUGACCACUACGGCAACACGGCACUACACUGGGCAGCAGCAAACGGACAUAUGAACUGUGUUUCCUUUCUGGUCAAUUUCGGUGUUUCACUUUGGGCAUUGGACAACGACUUUCACACACCCUCAAACAUAGCAGCCAUGAACCAAAGGGACGAAAUCAUCAGAUAUCUUGACGACGUCGUGGCGAGGCAAAGUGCCCUUAACAAGAAACUCGUUCAAAAACUCAAAGAAAAAGCCGUCAUUGAGGCGGAAAAAAGAAUAAAGUUAUACCAGAAGCUCCAGCGUAAAGCUGCCAAGCGGGCAGAAAAAGAGGAGAAAGAGAUAGAAAAACAGCGCAAAAAGUUAUAUGGCUCUGAAUUUCAAUUAAACGGCCUCAUAAGUAAGACAUCCAGCCUCACCAUAGCGAGUCUAAGACGUGACGCUGCGAAAAUAACUUACGCGUCGCCUAAAUAUUCAGACAUCAUAAGCAACGGAGCCGGAACUACCAAAAAGGGUUUGGGGGCAGUUUCGAAGAGGAUACAGCAAAAGAAGCAGAAUGUCGUGAUGACAGCAGCCGACUUUAAAGUGAGGGAACCUGAGGUGAACGGCAAAAGGUCCAUUCGCUCGCUUUCCGGACUUCUGAGGGACUCUGAAGUGCUCUACGUGCCAAAGUACGACACGCAGAGCACGACUUCCGGACAAAACCACAGGAGACACAUGAGAGACGUCUUCGAUAAUAAAAGCGAACUUUCCAGAGCCAUCAGCGAGCCGGAUUUCAUGCACGCCACGGAUUCCGGAUUCGGCGACGACGUACCCCCCUUGGAGCCGUCCGGAAGCAUCUUCGAGCGUCCCGGAUUCGGGUCUGUGGCUUUCCGGAAUUCGAUGUCUGGCACUCUGAUGUCUUUGCCUUCCACCUCCACUGAGGAAAAUGACGAGGACAGCGACGAGGACUUGGAUUCCACCAGGAUAAGUGAGAAGGACUCCGACCUACAGAACGACUCUGUGGAAGACAGCAUUGGCAGCGCCGGCAGUCUUGCACACAGGAAUAGUCAUCCGCCAUGGGAUGACGACGAAGGUCAUUUUGAUGACGAAGAUGGAAUGGAUGCGACUCCAAUGGUGGUUUUCCUCGUGGCUCAUGGCUUGAUGGAGUACACAGCAGCUUUGGCCAAAGAAAAAAUCGACCUCGAAGCCUUGAUGUUGUUGACAGAGGAGGACUUGAAAACCCUUGGCCUCCCGUUGGGGCCCAGGAGGAAGUUAGCCAAAGCAAUUGAAGACCGAAAAAUCGCAAUGGUGACUCCGGGCGAUCUUUUAGAUUCCAGACUUUAACAAAACAGACGAUUUCAUUGUUGAGAUGGAACUAAGCAUACUACAGAAAG